AAGUAGCCAAAAUCUCACCGACUGGACUUCCGGUCUCCAAUUUGUAAACACAACAAUUUAAGACCUUAAAACAACUCAACCGAACCCUUCGAAUUUGCGACACAAACAACAUUUUUGUUCGUCGAAAAAGGGCGCGGAGAGCUAUUUUCGUGACGUGACGUCAAAUUUCAACCAGACUUUUUUUUUUUUUGUACAGACGCCGAAGAAAGGAGAAAUCAAGCUAGCGAAGUCGUCGAGUGUGUGUCCGUGUGUGCUUGUCGCUCAUGCCGCUGUCACUUCAAUGGGGAACUGCCUGUUUUCUCAAGGAGCGGAUGAUCUGUCUCUGCUGAACGAGUCGGAGGUGGGCAGCCUACCCGGAGAGCCACCGCCGCCUUACCAGGAGUGCCAGCAGCCCGUGCCCGCGUACCAUCCCACCCUGGGAGAGAGGCGCUUAGCCAGUCAGCUGAGUGAGGAGGAGCAGGUGCGCAUCGCCCAGCGCAUCGGGCUCAUCCAUCACCUGCCGGGAGGCAUGUUUGACCCAGGCUCUGAUCCUUCUGACCGCAAAGUGAAAGAGUGUGUGAUUUGCAUGGUAGACUUUGACUACGGCGACCCCAUCCGGUUCCUUCCGUGCCUGCACAUCUACCACUUGGACUGCAUCGACGCCUGGCUCAUGCGCUCCUUCACCUGUCCGUCCUGCAUGGAGCCUGUCGACGCCGCGCUGCUCGCCACCUAUGAAGCCAACUAAGCCCCCCCCCCCCCUCCUCCUCCUUGCUCACAAGUACCCCCUUUCCAUGCUGACCACGUAAUGACCGCACCUUAUUUGCCCAAACUGCUCGCUGCUGUUCGCAGGAUAUAUUCUCUCUUUUUCGAGUGGGACAGUGUGCCAAAUGGAACUAGAAGAAAUACGUACAUGUGCAUUUCCCAUAAUUGGUUUCACUUUAAUAUCGCCUCAAAAACUGUUUAAAAGUUAGCUUUGAUGGCACUGAAGUGCCAAAAAUAUCACUGAAAAGUGCAAUACGCAAUAGAUUUUAGAAUUUAGGAUCAACUUUACGAUUAAAUACUCAACAGGGAUAUCAAUUUUUGUUUUUCAUUUCCCAGUUGAGAUUAAUUACGAGUGUGAUAUUAGACAAACGAAUUAUGAUCACUUAUACCAAGUGUGUUGCGUUUCUUUUGAUUUGUAAACAAUGCCGUUUUGUCAAGAGCACAAUAAAAUAAUAAUACGGCACCUUUGAAAUAUAGGUUAAGAGUAAUUGGACCAGUCAAAGCAAUGAUACUUUUAUUUUUGUAAUGUUUUGACACUUUCCCUUUUGACAGUAACGAGUUACCUUUUCUCCUUGCCUUCGUAAUUUGUUUUCACAUAACUUUUUUUUUCUACCACAAUUUUAAUGCCAUGAUAUUUUGAUUUGUAACUCUUAACUUUACAACCUUGUUUUCACAACACGACAACUUUCUUUCGACCACAACUUUUUACUAGCAGUAGCAUUGAAGUGUAGGAGGCCUUUACAUUUCCGCCCAAUCGCUGCGCCUUGAAAGGUUGGAGGACGUGAGGUACGGAGUACGUACCUAUGGAUUCCGUACUAGAAUUAAGUCGAGCGUGUUCUUCCAAGUCGUUGUCGUCCACUAGAGGGAGCCAGACACCAGCACAUGCGUGUCAGUUUUCCCGACUCAAGUCUCUUCACGCCCUCAAUUGGGUCUCCAUCCAAUGAUUUGUUCAACAUUCCCACCACGUUGUCCGAGUUUGGGACUACCUACCUUUGUGAGCAAGUUUUAUCACAAAUAAACAUUUAAUAAAAUAAAGCUACACAUAAGCACAUAAA